AUGGUAUCUGGUUCUGGGAAGCCAGAGCAAGAAUGGCAGGAGGAAUUUGCCAACGUCGUGUACGAGCCCGGAAGCGAGGCCGAGAAGAGACUCGUGCGGAAGAUUGAUAGACACAUUGUCCCAGCAAUUUGGGUGCUGUACACGCUAUCAUAUCUCGACCGGGCCAAUAUUGGAAAUGCGAAGAGCGGGGGGAUGGAGGAAGCCCUGAGCUUGACGUCCAACCAGUACUCAAUAAUAUUACUGGUGUUCUUCAUCUCAUAUGUUCUAUUCGAAGUACCGGCAAAUAUGCUACUUACACGCUUGAGACCCUCUUACUAUCUAUCAGGCCUUUGCUUUGUCUGGGGCGCUGUUGCAGCUUGCAUGGCUGCGGUAAACAACUAUCGACAACUUGCUGGUGUCCGGUUCUGUCUAGGUAUCGUUGAGGCGGGAUUCGCUCCCGGAAUUGCAUUCUACCUUAGCUCGUGGUAUAAGAGGCAUGAACUGGCCAAGAGAUUCUCCAUUUAUUAUACUGCAACUGCCGAUUCUGGUGCCUUCUCUGGCCUACUUGCUGGUGUCAUAACGGACAAUCUAGAUGGCUUCUGCUUAUUGAAGGGGUGGCUUCUUCCUUUGGUGGUCCCUUGUUUUACCUGGAUGGUUCUCCCAGACUGGCCUAGCACAACAAAAUGGUUGACUUCUGAGGAAAGGUUUAUUGCAAUCCAGCGUCUUGCAUAUGAUGGGAUUGGAAAUACUGCCAUUGGUAAAUCAGAUUCCCCAUCUCACAAGGAGGCAUUCUACCUCGCCAUCAAUGACUGGCGCACCUGGGCUUUAUCCUUCAUGUACAUGCUUGCGACCGGCGCACAGACCAUUCAGUAUUUCAUUCCUUCGCUCGUCGGGCAACUUGGGUACACUGGCUACGUCAAGCAGUACAUGACUAUCCCAAUAUACAUAGUAGCGCUUGUCGGUAUCGUAUGCUUCUGUUUCGUCUCCGAUAUAAGGAAGGAGCGAGGCAACUACGUAACAAUUACUGCCCUGAUUGCUGGUAUAUCAUUCAUCAUCACGGUCGCAGUCGAUAACCAGAAAGUGAAGUAUGCUUUCUUGUGCUUCGCUGUUGCGGGUAUAUAUGCUGUAUGUCCGCUGACAUUGCUGUGGGUAUCGAGUGUUAUUGAUCAUCCUGCGGAGAAGAGGGCGAUAGCCAUUGCCAUCGUGAAUGGACUGGGUAACUCUGCGUCGAUCUAUGGGUCAUUCUUGUGGCCAAGUAACACAGGACCAAAAUAUGUUCAAGGAUUUGCUACGACGACCGCUUUUGUCUUGACUCUCGCUGUUUCUGCACAGAUAUUGAAGGUUCUGUUGAAAAGAUAUCCAUCUCAAGGUCUUAACGAUGACUUAGCGACGGUGAAGCACGUCAAGGAUGUUGAUGCCGGAGAUUCUAGCGCAUAA